UCGAAACGAUCGCAAAUGCCGUAUACUACGUAUACGCGCCAGAACGUGAAAAAGUCAAAAAAAUUAUUUUAAUUUUUUAUUCAUUGGUUUUUCAGACACAAGCAAUACUACAAACUGAUGGAGGAGAGGCUGUGGGAGAUUCUCUCCCAGGUUUACGUCCCCUUAAGACACAAGCAAUACUACAAACUGAUGGAGGAGAGGCUGUGGGAGAUUCUCUCCCAGGUUUACGUCCCCUUAACACUACCAGGAAGAGCUUUCGUUGAUCUUGGCAAUGGGGAUUAUCGAAUGGCUGGAGAACGCUUACAGCAAGGGUUUCAAUGAAACCGGCGACGUUACACGGGGUCAAAAUCUUCGAAAAGCGAAAUGGACUUUCAUGCUAAAAAAUCGCAGAGAUGAGACGGCAAUUAAAGAGAUGUUAGACAAAAUCCAUGCGGAGGAUAAAAGUUACGAUGAGGAAAAACUAGUAAAUAACAUAAUAGAAAUUGAGAAAAUAGUAUUGGGCCAAGAAAAGAGAUUUGAGGAAGGAGUUGCGAAGGCGGGAUCUUAUUUAAACCAAGAAAAACAUAGAAUUAAACUCAGAAGAAAUCCGAUCAUGCUUGUGAUCUUUACUGAUACUGUGCCUGCACACAUAGUAAAAACAGUUAAUUUAUUAAAGGAGGUGUACGUCAAUGAGAAGAUUCGUCGUGUCAGUGGAGAAGAUUAAAUAAGAGAUCGAUAAGUUGACUUAUACAAGGUGUCCCAAAACUCCGUACCCCCCCUCGUAACUUUUGAACGGUUAGAGAUAGAAAAACGAAACUUUGGGAAUGUUUCUAUCUUAAAGGGGUCCA